AGCUGGGGGCGGGGGGAGAGCCCGGCAGCUCCCCGCUCCGCCCGUGCUGGCGGCCUCUGUGUGGCCGUCCGUGCCUUAGGGAGCCCCCCCCCCAUAAGAACAAGCCCUGUCGUAAGCACUUUUAUACAGUAACCUUUACUCUCCAAACAGCACCAUGAGGUAUCAAUAACGCCUGUUUACAGAUGAGGAAACUGAGGCACAGGCAGUUUGAGAAGGUGCCGGAGGUGGCACCCUUCACAGGGGGCUCCCCACCCAGGCUUUAGCCCCUCAAGGCCCUGGGAGCCACAGGCAGGGGCAGCGGCUGCUUCCGGAGCCCCCGUGGUCUGUGGGCGCGUGACACGGGCGUGUGCUUGGGGACCGAGGGCUGCGGGUGCUGGGUCACCGUGCCGUCCCUCUCAGCUGUCCUGUUGUUGAUAGAAUAAGGGUGCUCGUAGAUGUAGGGCCGCACAGGUCCCAACAAUCUGUGAGUGACAGAGGCUCAGGACCCUGUGUGUGCUGGUGACAGCUGGUUCUCAGUGACUUGGGCCCUGGGACUCUGAGCCCCUUUGCACACGGUUAUAAAUGGUGGACCCAGAGCUCCCAGUAAUGAGAAGGAAGAAGGCACGGUGUUCCCUGUGGAUUAAUUAGUAAUCAAAACACAGAGACGAAAAGCACAGCAAGGAUCGAGUUCCUUCCCUCUAAGGAAAUGGCUCGAGCCGCGGACAGUCAGAUGCUAAACUCUUGACGCUCACAGGGACUCUCUGCGAGCUCCUCACAAGUCCUCACCUCUUUCCCAGGGUUUUUUCCCUCCUUUUCAAAACUAUAGUGUUGAUCGAGCUAAUUCCUGUCCUUUAGAUACUGAAAAGGUUUGCCGUGUUAAAUAUUUACUUGUGUGCAGUGACCCCAGCUUCAGUCCUUAGUAGAAACGGGGUGUCAGCUUUUAGCUUAGAAUUAGAGGAAGGUUCCUGCUUGUUCGUGGUGCCCUUGUCUGCUGACGUAAAUCCAUCCAUCCAGGACCAUUUUCCUGUGUGCGCCUCCUGUAUUAGGCGGGGUUCUCCAGGGCGACAGAACCAGCAGGAUGUGUGUCUGUGUGUGUAUAUAUGAGAGAGAGAGAGAGAGACUUUAAGGAACUGGCCCCCAUGGGUCUGCCAGGUGGGCAGCAGCUGGGACCCAGGGCAGAGCUGGUGCUGCAGGGCUCGGCCUGAAGGUGCCUGGAGGCGGAUUUUUUUCCCUGGGGGACCUCAGCCCUCUCCUACAUCCCUGGAAUGAUUGGAUGAGCCCCACACACAUGCGGGAGGGUGAUGUGCUUUGCGAAGCCCUGAUUGGAGUGCUCAGCUCACCUAGAUGCCGCCUUCGCAGCCUGUGGGUUCUGUGCUGCUUUCUCUGGACUGGUACUACCACCUUCCCGUGAGGCGGUCGGAGAAAGCCAUGGAUGUCCCUCCGGCGUCCCAGAUCCCAGGUCUCAGCGAGCUUCAGGGCUCACCCAGCAGGCCCACGCUGGCGAUGCAGCGGUACUGGAUCAAGGAGACCGACUCGGAGUACGUGAAGCUGGCCAAGCAAGGCGGCCGCCCCGAUCUGCUGAUGCACCACGCCCCCGGGACCGGGAUGGGGACCGGGAAAGACUCGCCGGUCACCUACUCCUUGCCGGACUGGUACAUCCACCACAGCAAGCCACCCACGGCCAGCCAGAGGCAGGCUCCUCCCGCCCACGUGCCGGAUUACAUGGUUUAUGAGGAUUUCACCCCAGAUCCGGCCGACAGGAACCAUGAGCCCAGGAGGGGGCCGUUUGACUUCGACAUGAAGACAGUGUGGCAGAGGGAGGCCGAGGAGAUCGGAGAGGAGAAAAAGGUGAGGCUACCAGCCAUUAACUCAAAGUACCCCAGCAAAGUGGGGGCCCCACUGGGCCCCAGAGACCCUGCAGGAAGCAGACUCUCCUUUCCUCCCAUGCCUGGUCAAAAAACCAGCUCACCCACAAACUUCUCCAAACUUAUCAGCAACGGAUAUAAGGACGAGUGGAUACAGCAGCGAGCAGACACAGACAGGAGCGCCACGUCCACGUCGUCUCAGGCCCCCCAAGACCCCGAAGGGCACCAGGAUGUAGAGCGGCCCCCAGGCUGCGAGGUCCCCCAAGGCUCUGCGGAGGCCCAAGGUGACGUGCACCCAGCCAUCCGCGCGCCCCGAGAGUCUUCUCCAACAAGCGCUGCAGCGUCGCCGCCCGCGGAGCUCCAGUGACCCGACACCGCGCGCCCGGCGCUUUCUGCCGGCGGGACCCGGCGGGGUAGGAAAGAAUUCGGUUUAGAGCAGACUGACGUCGCUGCGGCUUCGCCGGAGCUUUGCUCCUCGCGUUUGUCCGGGACGUUAGUUAAGGUGCUGCGCCUCGCUGGCCUGGGGACCAACCGCUGCCUCCCGGUCACCCGCGGGCACCUCCGUGGGUGACAGUCCUAUUGGAAUCUGUUGUUUAGACUCUUAAUUAGAAGAAACCCCACAGCCUUUUCUGUCGUUUGGUCCUGUAAUCUUUGCAGAAAAAAAUGUCUCUGUUACGAAAAAAUUUUAAUUUCAGAACAUUGUGAUCUGGUUUAUAUUAAGAAAAAGAUUAUUAUGCCUUGAAGUUUUAAACAUGUACUAUAAAAACAUUGGCGCAUUUGCUAGUUUAAAAUUUUUGCUAACAUUUUCGCAUAGACUGAAAUCCAUAUUAAAGAUUUACUUUUUAUCAUUUAAGUAAAAAUAUGUGUAAUUUUAAUUUUUAACUUAGUCUUCACAAAAUUUUUUGAUAAUCAGACUGAAUUCUCUUUUAUAAAUUUUGUUACUGCUUAUAUGUAAGUUAUUAGCAUUAAAAUGUGGCUUUAGAUAUUGUAUAUUUAAUUCAAUAGUAAAGCAAUAAUUUUCUGCUGGAAGAUUUUCAGGAAGCUAAAUAAGAUGACAGAUAUUUUAGCAUCUUUCCCAGAGCAAACUUAUCAUGACUUUGCUCACCUAAAAUUUAGAAGUUUUAAGUUAGUUCUUUAAAUGAGAUACUUAAUUGAGUACAUGUCGCUACAUUAUUUGAUCAAACUGAUACUAGUGUGGGGAAUGUAUGCAAUAAUACGAAAAAAAUGUGAAUGGCUAUAUGUAUUGAAUAAAAAGAAUAUAGCAUUAUAGUAAGACA